CAACAAGAUGCAUCUCAUGUACUACACCGGCGCCGAUGGCAAGAGAUGCUACACCCUGAAGAAGGAAGACCCGACCGGGAAGCCUUCGCACUCGGCACACCCUGCGCGCUUCUCCCCAGACGACAAGUUCUCCAAGGAACGCAUCACCACGAAGAAGCGCUUCAACCUCCUGCCCACCCAACACCCCGACCCGUUGUACCAAUAGACUAACCAAGUGGUGGCACACAAUCCAAGUUAUGUAAUCCCGUCUCUCUCUCUCUC